AUGGGUCUGCUUCUCCUCCAAGGCCGCGCCCUCACGAUCGCCAUCACCAUGACCUGUGGCUUUUCCUUUAUGCUCUUCGGCUGGGAUCAGGGUGUCUUUGGCGGCAUCCUGAACGAUCCGACGUUUGCCAACCAAUUCAAGAACCCAAAUCCGACAGUCCAAGGCCAGAUUGUAUCGACCUAUGACAUUGGUUGCAUCAUUGGCGCCAUCAUAUCUAUCUAUUUUGGCGACAAGCUGGGCCGCCGCAAGUCGAUUGCCAUGUCGUGUGCCUUUGUCAUUGUUGGGGGCCUGUUGCAAGCGUCUUCUUUCUCCCUGCCGCACAUGAUUGUUGGCCGCAUUAUUGCCGGUCUGGGAAUCGGGCAGAGUACAGCCGUCGUGCCCAUGUGGCAAGCUGAGACCAGCAAGGCAGAGCACCGCGGAAAGCUUGUCGCUCUUCAAAUGGUCAUGGUGAUAUUCGGAAUUGAUCUGACCAGUUGGAUCAAUCUGGGAAUGACUUAUAUCUACGCGAACGAAGUCAGCUGGCGCUUUCCCAUCGCGAUGCAAUGCUUCUGGGCCUUUGUCACACUCGGACUGCUUGCUUGCACGGUGGAGUCUCCUCGGUGGCUUUGCUACAAGGAAAGACAUGCGGAAGCUCAGGUGGUGCUAGCUCGCCUUGCCGCAAAAGACCGCGAGGACACAUCGGUCAAGAUCGAGCUGAAGAUUAUCAGCGAUGCUAUCGCAGCCGAAAAAGCUGGCGGAGCCAUUGGAUGGCGUGAGGUCUUUUCAGGCGGCGAACAGCAGAAUUUCCGGCGCCUUGUUUUGGGCGCCGGUACGUCCGUCUUUCAGCAGAUGGGGGGUAUAAACGUGGUUGUAUACUAUUUUCCGGUGAUCCUGACCAAGUCCUUUGGCUUCAGCAACAGGCUUGCUCUGAUCCUGUCAGCCAUUGACUUUAUUUCCCUCUGCGUUUGGGGCUCCGUCAUCAUGCUCCUAAUUGAUCGCUUCGGACGUGUCCCUCUCAUGCUGUUUGGGUCUAUUGGAUGCGGCGUUUGCUUCACCCUUACCACCAUCGGUCUCGGCAUUGGAACAAAGGCCAGCUACGCCAUGGCUGUGUCGUUCAUGUUUGGAUACCAUCUCUUCUACGGUCUCUCUUACCUGGCCAUUCCAUUCCUAUACCCCUCCGAGAUCAACUCAUCACGGAUGCGCAGCAUUGGCAACAGUGCCGCCAUGGUUACGAACUGGCUUUUCGUGUACGUCGUGGUAAUCAUGACCCCCAGCGCCAUCGCAAACAUCUCCUGGAGGUUUUACAUCAUCUUCGCCGUGCUUAACUUUGCUUGGUUCCCCAUCGUCUGGUUCUUCUACAUCGAAACCAAAGGCCUGUCCUUGGAAGAGGUCGACCGCAUGUUCAAGAUCAAGUAUCACGCUGGCAAGAGCAUGAGCUACAAAGAGGCAGCGCGUAUGGCGAAGGAAGAGACUGAGGAACUCAAGAAGCAAGAGGGAGAAGAUGGCGACAAAGUCGUCGUGGUCGAAGUCGAGGAGAAGUAG